AUGACUAGAACUUCCGUCUUAGCUGAUGCUUUAAACGCCAUCAACAACGCUGAAAAAACCGGUAAACGUCAAGUUUUAAUCAGACCAUCUUCCAAGGUCAUCAUCAAAUUCUUGACCGUUAUGCAAAAGCAUGGUUACAUUGGUGAAUUCGAAUACAUUGAUGAUCACAGAUCCGGUAAAAUUGUUGUUCAAUUAAACGGUAGAUUAAACAAGUGUGGUGUUAUCUCCCCAAGAUUCAACGUCAAGAUUAACGAUAUUGAAAGAUGGACUGAUAACUUAUUACCAGCUAGACAAUUUGGUUACGUUAUCUUAACCACUUCUGCUGGUAUUAUGGACCAUGAAGAAGCUAGAAGAAAGCACGUUUCUGGUCAAAGAGAUACUAACCAAGUUUUCGGUGUCGCCCGUAUCUUUGCUUCUUUCAACGAUACCUUCGUCCACGUUACUGAUUUAUCCGGUAAGGAAACCAUUGCCAGAGUCACUGGUGGUAUGAAAGUCAAGGCUGAUAGAGAUGAAUCCUCUCCAUACGCUGCCAUGUUGGCUGCUCAAGAUGUUGCCGCUAAAUGUAAAGAAGUCGGUAUUACUGCUGUCCACAUCAAAUUAAGAGCUACUGGUGGUACUAAGACCAAGACCCCAGGUCCAGGUGGUCAAUCUGCUUUAAGAGCUUUAGCCAGAUCUGGUUUAAGAAUUGGUAGAAUUGAAGAUGUUACCCCAGUUCCAUCUGAUUCUACUAGAAGAAAGGGUGGUAGAAGAGGUAGAAGAUUGUGA